ACGACCGGCGGGUACCGGGAGACAACCCAAGCAAGAUUCCGGCGAAUAUCGGAGAAUGGGAGGGUCCCACUCCCACCCACCGUUAUCGGUCCACGCCACUAGGCUCCGGUUCGGUUGGGCCCAAAAUCUAAUGGUCUAACCACGCCCGAUUUCAGACAGCCGGACCGGAGAUCCUCAUCGUUCAUCUCUUUGCUCAAGUUUACCCUUCCGCCCUGUGCUCUAACAUCGGACCUUCUGGUCUGCUGCAUCCAUCGCAACGCCCCCCCAUACUACAGAUUAUAUCUAGAAGAACACUAUGAGAAUCCAUCGACCAACUGUGCGGCUUCUUGAACAAAUCCGAACACUUGCCUUACAUUGCCGCACGAAUCCUGCGCAAAUCUGUACAAAUCCGUUGCUUCCGCCACCAUCCGACCUUCUUUCUACUCCGUCUGUUCGUUUCUAUUCCAAAGGCGAAGUACAAACGCAACAGCUAUCAAUGGAGCUUAUCAAGAUAAUGGAACAAAGGUUGAGGGCCAUUGAGCUCAGGAGCACUUUUCUUCUGAAUAUAAUCAACCGGCCAGAAGCCCCACCGUCCGAGUAUGCAAAGGCUAACAAGGAGCUUAAGAAACUCAGAGAUACGAUGGAUCUAAUAAAUGAGUUGAGGUCUAGACAGAAGGAAAUUAAUGGUUUGAGAACGCUGAUGGACGAAUGCCCAGAGGAUAAAGAUAUGCUUGAUAUGGCUACGGAGGAAUUAAAUCAGGCAGUUGAAGAAGAGAAAAGAUUACAGCACUCAUUGCUCACGUCGUUACUUCCUAGAGAUGAUGCUGAUGAGAGGGGUUGCAUCUUGGAGGUGAGAGCAGGAACUGGUGGAGAAGAAGCUUCUUUGUUUGCCAUGGAUAUAUUCAAAAUGUAUGAGCGAUACGCACAGAAGAAAGGUUGGAAGUUUGAGGUGGUUGACAUAACAGAAUCGGAUCUUAAAGGAUAUAAGGAAGCGGUUGCUGCAAUAUCAGGAGCCGGUGUGUAUGGGAAACUUAAAUUUGAGAGUGGAAUUCACCGAGUACAGCGAGUUCCUGUGACAGAGAAGUCUGGGCGUGUUCAUACCAGUGCUGUUUCUGUAGCCAUUCUCCCUCAAGCAGACGAGGUAGAUGUUGAGUUGAAGAACGAGGACCUGAGAAUAGAUACAUUCAGAUCAGGCGGUUCAGGAGGUCAGCAUGCAAAUACCACAAAUAGUGCCGUUAGAGUGACUCACAUUCCAACUGGGUUGACUGUGUCCAUACAAGACGAGCGAUCCCAACAUAUGAACAAGGCAAAGGCGCUUAAAGUUAUAUGUGCAAAGCUAUACGAAAUUGAAAGACGCAGGAUUCAGAGCAGUCGGUCAAAGCUUCGAUCGGAACAGAUUGGUAGCGGGGACAGAUCGGAACGCAUUCGCACAUACAACUUCCCGCAAGGGCGGGUAACAGACCAUCGGGUAGGCAUUACAGAGCAUGCCAUUGAGGAGGUGAUGCAGGGACAGAAUCUGGAUAUGUUCGUGGACGCUCUGUUAUUGCAGCAGGAAAUGGAUGCAAUUGCAUCCUUCACUUCCUCUUCUUCGUAGUGGCUGUGGUAGUGAAGAGGAGGAGCAUUGCAUCAAAUAGGAUCUGCCCACUUCGCAUUAGAUUCAGGUAACAUAAGAAAUGUGUUUCUUACAGAAGUACAAUACAAGUAGAAUGGGUGGGUUACAAUACAACUUUAAAGGGAUUAAAUUUCAUAUAUGUUACAAUGAUGAGUAGUAUGUAGGAGUUCGUUUCUGUUCGAUACAACAUAAUUGUAACAGUUCAGACCCACCGCUAGUA